UUCACAACUCUCAACUCUCAACAUAUUGCCACCUAAUCCUCAAAAGUUCCACCGGGAAUCUUAUGGAAUAGUCAAGCUGGCACGCAUAUCCAAGAAAUACAACACGUUUAGCUCACUACCUGAUUUCUUUUCUGUUGUGAGAGUUUUCGUAGAACCUGGCGAAGUCAUUCUGUCCUUCCCUGCCGCGAUCUGCCUAGCGCUGGCAGUUAUCUGGUCCGAGGACUACCUGCAUGCUCCCUCUCUUUCCGGCUUCCUUUCCCUUUCUUCUUCUCUUCUUGCACAGCUCAGCUCAUCUCCUCAACCACCACACUCAUCUGACCACGCCUCCUCAAAGAAAGGGACCACAGUCAUUGUCCGAGCAGACACCCCCUCCGCCGUUCUAAUUCCAACACCCCCCACAAGCAAGCUCUGUCAUGCGAAUACAUGUUCCCGCACAGCACAUCCGGCUCUCACGACUAAUCCCCACCGGCGGCGCCUUCCGCCGAGCAAACUCCACCUCCUCGGCAGUCACCAAAUCUGCGGCCUGCAAAUCCGCGUCACCAGCAACCCAUCACUUCGUGCCCUCGUACUCCCUCUUCGCCAAGCGUCCACCACGCCCGUUUCCACCGCCGUUUCACUCCCCGCCCGCCAGUUCCUUCUCCGACCCCCUUACCACAUCCACCCACAACCCCCGAAUAGCCAUCGAGCGUCCGGAAGGCGCCGCAUUCCUCAACGGCGUGACCAAUGGCGACGACGCGGUGCUCACCAAUGCCAACUACCUCGCGGUGGCCGACGGCGUAGGCGCCUGGAACACCAAGUCCCACGGCCACGCGGCGCUGUGGUCACGCCUCAUGCUACACUACUGGAGCCGCGAGCUCGCAGCGGGGAAAUAUGGCUAUCGCCGGCAGGAUGCCGACGGCGGCGUCGACCCGGUGCUGUGUCUCCAGGAAGCAUACCAGGAAACUUUACUCGCAACCACUAGUGCCGGUGCGCGUCGAGACCAGGUGUGGCAGGGCACCACCACCAUGUGUGGCGCAGUGUUGAAGGGGAGCAAACUCCUCGUUCUCAACCUCGGGGACUCGGUCGGGUUCGUGUACCGCCCUGGCCGCCGCAAGUGGGCGCUCCGCACCAAGGAGCAAUGGCAUUGGUUCGAUUGUCCGCGGCAGCUGGGGACAAACUCGCCCGAUACCCCGGUGAAUAAUUGCGUUGUGCAGGAGCUGGAGGUGCAGGACGGAGAUCUGGUGGUGUUGGCUACGGAUGGUUUGGUGGAUAAUAUGUGGGAUGAGGAGAUCCUGACGGUUAUUGGCGCUGUGCUCGAGGCCACGGACGAGGUCGUGGAGAGCGAAACGGGCGAGAAAGGGGAUUGUGGACGGAUGAAGCUCGUGGCGCAGCGGCUCGUCGAAGGGGCGAAGAAAACGGCGAUUGAUCCGUUCGCGGAGAGUCCGUACAUGGAGAGGAGUAUCGAGGAAGGCCUGGGAAUCGAGGGUGGCAAGUGGGAUGACAUAUCCGUUGCGGCUGCGAUAUGCAGGCCCAACUCAUAACGGGGUUUAGCGGAACGACUCGAUGGAUGUAUGAUAGAUACCAGGGAGCGGCUUCUUUGUUUUUUUGUUGCUUCUUUUCUUUUUGGAUUCUUGUUUGAUCAUUGAUGGAAGGGGGAUUCCUUAACCACUGGCGGGGUGUGCUUUACAGGCGUUUUGGGAGCGUGAUAUAUCAUGACCUGUUUAGUGUAAUGUUGCAGUGUAUUUACUUUUACCAGACGAUAAUGAUGGCGGCAAUGGGAGAGGGACGUGUUUGUGAAGAAUAGAGAACGGUUGGAUACGU